UUGCAGGUAAUUAAGGCAUCUUGCAAUGUUCGUAACAAAAAACUUCAUUCUUAUCCGUAUCUUUACGAUUCAUCAGAGGACGAGCCGUAUUUAUCAUCUGAUGACAACGUUACGGAUCAUAGGGGAUAUGUGAGGAGUGCAUCGAGAUCGAGCCAAAAGAGUGCAAGUAGUGAAUUUGCACGAACCACGAACUCACCAUUAGCCAGCAGAUGUUCGUCCACAAGUCCGCAUAUAAGCGAACGCAAACGUGAGCAGAAUCGUUCUGCGGCAAUAAGAUACAGAGAUAAGCGUCGUGAAGAAGCGAAACGUAAAAAACAGGAACUGCACGAUUUGGAGUUGAAAAACGUGGAACUUAAGACGCAGGUGGCCGGUCUGAGCAAGGAGAUCAGCUAUUUGAAAACAAUUCUCCACGAAGUAUUAGAUAAGACAACCAACUAA